CAGCACGCAGAGUGGAGCAGACGGCAACAGCCACACAAACACACUCCCCUCUCAGUUACAUGCACAGUCACACACAUACCACACGCACACACCACCACCACCACCGCUGCCGCCGCCGCCGCCACCACCACACACACACACACACACACACACACACACACACACACCGACGGCUGCCAGGCGCAGUGGGAAGCAAGCCGUCAGGGAGAAAGCUUGAGAAGAAAGAGGGGGAUUGCAGAGGGGAAGAGAAGAAAAGAGAAGAGAGUUGGAGGAGGCACCUUGUGGAUCAGAAGGGAUUUUCCUCUGUGUGAGUGCGCGUCUGGAUAAGGCUAUCUGCUUCUUCCUGAACGAGAGGAGUUUUUACUGAGGCUUUUUUCUCUUUUGCUCAUCCUACACGCCGGGCUCCAGCGAUAUCUACCUAUCUAUCCCCGGAGCUUAACAAAAGAGGGAGGGAGUGAGAGAGAGAGUGAGAAAAAAAGGCAGUCACAGCUUCAGCUCCAGACCACCCUCUCUUCUCCUCCUCCUCCUCCUCCUCCUCCUCCUCCUCUCCAGCUCCACAUCCAUUUGUGAGUUCAUCGCUGAUUUAACUGUCUUGUGAGGAUAGAGAAGAGGACAGCGUGUGUUCUCCGGGAUACAGCCAAGCUCCCGGUGGGAUCAGGGUCUCGUCUGGUGUGUGUGUGAGAGGGAGGAAGAACGAGACAGGGAAACGGAUACACAGGAAGAGAGAAAGAGACGGGGAGAGACAAGAGUAAGAGACGCCGGAAAGCAAAUUGAGGGGCAUGUUCAGGGCAGCAGAGAAGAAAAAGAGUGAGUCGGAUUUUUAGAGCGGAGAGUGCAAGGAACCGGCAACCGGAUCCCAUCCAUUCCUCUCUCCACCUCCUCCUCCUCCUCCUCCUCCUCCUCCUCCUCCUCCUCCUCAUCCUCUUCUUCUUCCCUCUCCUUUUAACCUCUCUCCUCUGUCCUGCUCUUCAAUCCCCCCUAUUGUUUCCCGUAUUGCCUCCUACUAUCCUUUCAUAUCUUCCUUUCCUCACCCUCCACCUCCUUCUCCCCCAGCCCCUUGUUUGCUGCCACUCCGGAUUCUCUCUGUCUCUCUUUCUAGACCCACGGGAGGAAUGGUUUUGUGAGGUUCCCUGUGAGCUCCCAGACAAGUAGACAGACUAUAAUCCCAAGUACUAUCUGUCCUUCUAUCCAUCCCUUCCGCUGUGUGAGUUUAUCAGACACACACCUCAGUAAGUGGAGCGCGUUCUCCCUCUGCAUCCUCACCUCUUGGAAACAGUCGUCUGAAGGAUCCAGGCCAGCCCCUCGGAGUGAACGUACCCCACCUGCGAGCUUCUAUCUCCAGCCUCCAGGACCUUAAAUUGGAUUCCAGCUACAUGGGAAAACGUUUGGAGCAGCAGCCAAUGUACCCCCACUAUACCUACUACUACCCCCACUAUCUCCAGACCAAGCAGUCCUAUGCCCCUCCCCCUCCGCCCAUGGCUCCGCCCAGCCCUGGCACCACAGGAGGAGGAGGAGGUGGAGGUGGAGGAGGAGGUCAUGGAGGAGGGCUAGUGGAGCAGCUUAGUAAGACCAACCUGUACAUCAGAGGCCUGCCGCCUGCCACCACUGACCAGGACCUCAUCAAACUCUGCCAGCCAUAUGGGAAGAUUGUGUCAACAAAGGCCAUACUGGACAAGAACACCAAUCAAUGCAAAGGCUAUGGCUUUGUGGACUUUGACAGCCCUGCAGCAGCCCAGAAGGCUGUGGCUUCACUCAAAGCCAGUGGAGUCCAGGCACAGAUGGCGAAGCAACAGGAGCAGGACCCCACCAACCUUUAUAUCUCGAACCUGCCGCUGUCCAUGGACGAGCAGGAGCUGGAGAACAUGCUGAAGCCCUUUGGUCAUGUGAUUUCCACACGGAUACUGAGGGACGCCAAUGGCCUGAGCAGAGGAGUCGGAUUUGCUAGGAUGGAGUCGACGGAGAAGUGCGAUGUGGUGAUUCAAAAUUUCAAUGGGAAAUUCUUGAAAACCCCUCCAGGCAUGACAGCCCCUGCAGAGCCGUUGCUGUGCAAGUUUGCUGACGGAGGCCAGAAGAAAAGGCAGACGCAGGUCAAGUAUCCCCAGAAUGGCCGACCGUGGACACGGGAAGGAGAGAGUGGUAUGGCAUUGACGUAUGAUCCUACCGCCAUGCAGAACGGGUUUUACUCUUCACCAUACAGCAUCUCCACCAAUCGGAUGACAUCAAUCACACCCUUCAUCGCUGCCUCUCCUGUCUCUACAUAUCAGGUCCAGAGUACAUCUUGGAUGCCACAUCAACAGUAUGUUAUGCAACCUACGGGUGCUGUGAUCACCCCAGCCACGGCCAUCGAGCCCAGUCUGUCUCUGCACCCCUCCAGUGUAAUGGCUCCCCUCACCCAGCAGAUGAACCACCUGUCUCUGGGCACUACAGGCACAUACAUGCCUGCUGCAGCCGCUGCUCCUAUGCAAGGAACCUACAUUCCCCAGUACACUGCAGUGCCUGCCUCUGCCAUCACAGUGGAAGGCGUGGUGACAGACCCCUCUCCACAGACAGCCGCCCCCUCCUCGCAGGACGCCAGUGGGCAGCAGCCUUUAUCAGUGGAGAAUACAGGAGAUCAUGCCACAGCCUACUCUUACCAGCAGUCGAAAUAACAAGAUUGGUGGGAAUCAUUGCUGCAUUGCCUUUAGAAGGACUGCACUGAGGCGCUGGAGACACAGAGAGAAUUAAAAUGAAACGGGGACAAAAAAAAAAGAGGUGACAUGGGCAACACUGAGGGGAGAAAGCUUCCACUGUGCACGGGCACCAAAUAAAUGACAAAAUGAAGAAAAAAAUCAAUUAUAUUUCUUACCUGGUUGAACCAAGAAAAAAGAAAUGAUGGUUUGCUGAACUUGAGGACAAUGAAAUCAAACGCAGUCUACAACUUUGAGUUUAUCAUUUCUCACUGUGAGACUGGACUUUGCCUCCAAAGGGAAAAGAGAAGACAUAGACUGAAAUAAAAACUCAACCAACAAGCUGUACAGAAAAAAAGAACAUUUGAAUGUGCAGGUAGAUUUUCCGACUUUUUUAUUAAAAAAAGGAAGAAGCAAAGUCUAGAAAAAAAACAGAUUGUCUUCCUUUGAUAUUAAGCUACAUUAUUUUCAUUCUUUUUAUUAUUUGAGUAGUUUUUCUAGAAUAUCAAUGUUUUCGUAAAUCUUUAUUGCCUUAAUUUUCUCAAACUUUGGGAAAAAAGUUUCCAUAGUGUUGAAUUAUAAAAAAAAAUAAGACUGAGUGGUUGAAUGAUUUUAGUAGUUCUUGGUAUGUUCCCAGGGGCCUCAGAGAUGAAAUCUACAAAGCUAUCUGUACAGAAUAAAAAAAUAAGGUUGUAUUUGUAUGAUGAUGAUUUUAAAUUAUGUGGUGCAGUGCAGCUGAUGUUGGUUGGUUGGAAAAAAAAUCUUAAAUGCGACUUGUGGGAAGGGUCAGUCUGCUGCUUCCUGGAAAAUGCAGUUAAGGUUAAUCAUGGGAUAAAAGUUAUGUUUCUCCAUCACAUUUGUAUUUCUUGUUUUUGUUUUCUGAUGGCAAUCUUUUUACCAUCAAAAAGUUUUUGCUUUGCCGGCUUUGCUUGUCUCACUGCAAAAAAGAAAAGUAAAAAAAGACCAUUUGUGACAAAAAGCAGAAGAAAAAAAAAACGCUAGGAUUUUUAAAUGUGCAAAAGGCAAUAGUUUUAGUAAAACUGUUGACAGUUUCUUGAGUCUUUCUUAACUGUUGAACAAGCAGCCUACAGGUGGCAUAUUUUAUACCAAAGAUGAAGAAACUAGGUAGUGAAGAGAUCUUCCUUAUGUUGCUUUUUCUUUGUUUUUUCACAUCUGAAACUGACAUUUUUCCAGCUUGUCAUGCUGUUGGUGUGUGCGAUGAUUUUAUCAGUGACUGAGAACUUGCAGUAGGUCUUUAACACAACUGCCUCAACCAGAAGAGUUAGCUCUGAGAUGUUUUAUUUGUCAAAUUAUCAAACAUGAUGAUCUAAAGGGGCACUGUAUCAUCAGCCAAGACACCUGUGGAAAGUGGAGGAGGUAGGUAUAUUAUAAGUUGGUAUGCUAUACUUUAGUGGUUGAAAGUGCAUUUCAUCCUGUGGAAUAUUGGUGUGUACUUCUUAAACUUGUGUAUACACCCAAAAAUCUCAAACCCUAAAUGCAGACACUGAGAUGAUGUGAGUCAUUAUGAAGCCUAGCCAAAAUGUUCAAGAUUUCAGUCCAUACAACAAACUCUUUUACGCCGCUGUCUUGCCAAACACAAGCCAUUUAAAUUGUGAGCAGGGCAAUCAUCUCUGUUAGAGGAACGGGCAUUUUCUGUUGAACAAAAUCAUUUCUUAUGUGUAUUCUAAAAGGACAAGGAGAUAUAUUUUGUUUUCCCUUUUUUCUUUUUAUGUUGCCUUUUUUGUCUUUCGGGGUAUUGAUUAUGAUGUGUGAGCUGCUAAAUACUUUUCAUUAUUGAGGAUUGAGGUUGUCUUGUGUUGAGUGGGUGUGGAAGAGGUACACCUCUAAAUGACAGCAAUUGACCAUUUUAAGCCAAGAUAUGGACAAUUUUUAAUUUUAUCCAUGACUUGACUGCGUCAAAGGCAUCAUAAAGUCUUAUUUCUCUUUUCAAGUGAAAGAAGAGACAUGUUUCCGUUUGCAGCCCUAAAAAAACCCACAAAAACAGACUCUUCUCUUAAAAAGGUAAAAUCUGGCAAAAUCUGCAUUGCUUGAAUUGAGUAAGAGGGCAUCAGUUGAGAACAAAAAAACAAAGACAAACACUCUCACUGGCUAACAUUGCCUCUGAGGUCACACUCUUGAAGCCCCACCUACCUGACCUUCCACCAAUGAAAGGAAGCUAACGGAGAUGGAGGAACAGACAGACACAUAGAAAAAACAUGGUUCAACCAAAAUCAAGCAGAUACAAACCUCUAUGGGAAAAAUAAAUUAUUGAAAGAAGAGAGAAAGUAGAGAAAGCGAGAACAAAAGUAAUAUUUAUGAGAUCUUUUUUGUACAGGUGUGUAAAAGAAGAUGCAACAGAAAUAACUUUGAUGAUGCUAUUUUUUUAUUUGCUUGGUCACAUGCCUCCCAUGUCUUUCAAAUUGUGAUUCUGAGAGUCUCUGUAGAACCAGUGGAUAUUGCUGUAGUUUCAAAUGUCUCUUUUCUUUUUUGUUUUCUUUUUAGACAAAUCUUUCAAUAAAAAAAAUGUUUCAAACUGUCAA